CCCUUUCUCUGCUUUGCCAGCCCAGAGAAUUUGGCCCGACCGACCAUGAGAAAAUGAGCUACGACCGUGUGAGCUCAACCCACAUUGUUCUUUCACGGAGAGACAUCAUAGCUUGCAACUUGCAAGCAUGGCCGUUGCUCAGUGUUCGGAUGUGCAAAUUAACACAAAAGUAUAUUUUCAGUUCCUUCAUCCGAGCCGCUGAAGUACCGGCCAGCACAUCAAGUGCUUACAUUCAGCUGCUUCUCUCAUGCGAUGUUGCCUGCCAUACAGACCACCUGGAAACACAUACUGUUGUAGGCACACAGCUAUCCUUAAAGACUUUUCCGCCCCACUUUACAAAUGAAGAAGACUGCGAUGCCUUUGGAGACCGUAGCACGCAGCGCGGCGCCACCUCUAAGAAUCUGGAUGUGGACGGCCCUGGCUCCUCCCACAUGUCCAGUCACAGCGGGGAGCAGAAGAUCCUGAGCGUCUACGGUAAAGGGGAGGGUCCACUGGCGGUGGACGCCCAUGACACCCUCUUCACCGUGUCAGAAGUGGAGGCCCUGAACUCGCUGUCUGCGGACCACAGCGCGGCCAAGAGCCUGGUGCGCGGGGAGCGGCUGGUCUGCCAAGAGGAGCUGAGUGUGCAGGUUGGAAAUCAUCUUCUUAUUCAGCAUCCAAAUGAGAGGCUUCCUCUGUUAUAACUCCAGCACACACCCUUAGAAAGCACAUACCUUUAUGCUUCAGUAUACGCUGCCAAAUAUACCUGUCUUAUGCCCAACUUUUUCCUUGCAUUGUCCGCGUGUUUUCACUGACCGAGGUAAUCUACCGGGUUGAUUUCGCACCCCAAUUUACCCUCUCGGACCCUACAGAUAUAUUGGCGGUUACGUUUUGAUAUAAACGCGAUUAGACAGCUUUGCGGUUCCAGGGGCAGGACUUGGGUAGAGGUGUUGCUGCAUUGUCUCUACAACAGAGACAACGCAGCGAUAUCAACAUGAGUUCUUCUAACGGGAGAGAUACUGAAAUCCGCAAGAUGCUGACCAUCAUGGGAGAGAAGGUGAUGCUGUCGCAUUUAACGAAGGCGGGGAAAGAUGGUACGAUCUACCAGAAAGUACCAGAAUAACUUUCCUAACGAUGCAUGGUCAGCCAAAGAAAGAAUAUGUUGUAGUUUUUGCGCUCGUAAAUAGUUGAUUGCGUUUUAGCCUAGACUCAGAUGUGAACUCAUUCUUUCAUGCGAGUGUCUUGAAUCAAAAGGAAAAAAAACAUUCAGAGUAUGACAUUUAUGGUUAAGAGAGGUGUAAUCUCUGUGCGUAGCCCCGCCUUCUCCAGUGAACCAAGAAAGCUGGCGCCGUGCCGACGGGGGAUUUUACCCCCUUGGUUUUACAAAGGCAAGACAGCGAAAUUGCAGGGCGUUCAAAGUCGAGACCGAACCGGCUUGGCAGUGUAUAAAUGCGUAUUAUGUCCUUAGUGGGGAAUGACGACUAUUCCGUGCAAAUGGAAGAAUAUGUCUUGUGUGUGUUUCCUUGUUUAUGUGGAAAGCAGCAGACCCCAGACGCCAUUUCAAUCAAGGUUGAAGAGGAUAUUGGUGGAGGCUUGCCCGCUGUAGGUUAGUAAUACACAUUGCAUACAUGCAAGCAAACGACCUGGAUCAACUGAGAAUGUACUCGAUUCUAACUGCGUUGAAAAGCCUGGUCCUCUUUGGAAAAGCAUCAUGACCAGUGCCCUGCUAAAACACGAGUCAAAUUUGGGUGUUGUAUUUCAAAGAUGGCUUGAUCAGUCAAGGGCCCAGAAGGGUUUCAAGACAGAUUCCCCAUAAGCUGGUUUAUCAUUCUUCUCAAAUAUCAAUGCAUUGAAAAUUUCUAAAUGUUAGCUGAUCAGCUUACAGGGAAUGACGCGUUGUCACUUGUUAUUGUCAAAAUAGAAUAAUUGCACUUUUCUCACAUGUCAUGUUGUGCUCGGAUCAUUUUGCGCUGGUGUUUGUUCAGUGUCCUCCACCUGGCCCACGCUUGAGCUUUGAGUCUAGGGGGGAGGGUGCUGGAGGAGACGUCCCUCUCCAAAACUCUGAAUCUUUGUCUGCGGUACACUUUUUAAACCCUCUGUGUCAAUGGUAUAUUUAAAGUUUAUUUCAUGUGUACAAAUAAACAAUUCCUCCUUUUAUGCAAACAGUGUAUCAAAACAAUGACUCUUUUUUUUCUCCCUCUGCAGAAGACAGUGAUGCCUUUGGAGACCGUAGCACGCAGCGCGGCGCCACCUCGGAGAGUCUGGGUGUGGACGGCCCUGGCUUCUCCCACAUGUCCAGUAACAGCGGGGAGCUGAAGAUCCUGAGCGUCUACGGUAAAGGGGAGGGCCCACUGGCGGAGGACGGCCAUGAAACCCUCUUCACCACGUCAGAAGUGGAGGACCUGAACUCGCUGUCUGUGGACCACAGGACGGCCAAGAGCCUGGGGCGCGGCGAGCGUCUGGUCCGCCACGAGGAGCUGAGUGUGCAGCAGACCCCGGACACCAUUUCAAUCAAGGUUGAAGAGGAUAUUGGUGGAGGCAUGCCCGCUGUAGAAGACGGCAAUGACAUUAGAGACUUCAGCACGCAGCGCUGCGCCACCUCGGAGAGUCUGCGUGUGGACGCCCCUGGCUCCUCCCACAUGUCAAGUCACAGCGGGGAGCUGCGCAUCCUGAGCGUUUACGGACAAGGGGAGGGCCCACUGGCGGUGGACGGCCAUGACACCCUUUUUGCCGCGUCAGAACUGGAGGCCUUGAGCUCGCUGUCCUCAGACCACAGCGUGGCCAAGAGCCUGAACUGCAGCGUGCGACUCGUCCGCCUUGAGGAGCUGACUGGGCAUCAGGGCUGCCGCAAGGGCCGGCCCGGUGUCUUGUGUGGAAAGGUUAUUCCCAACAAUGCCAAUAUGAUUGUCCACAUGAGGACUCACUCCGGGGAAAAGCCCUACAAGUGUGACCAAUGCACGAAGGGCUUCAGUCUGAAAAGCCACUUGAAGAGCCACAUGAGGACUCACUCCGGUGAGAAGCCCUACAAGUGUGACCAAUGCACGAAGCGCUGCCGAAGCACAAGCCACCAGAAUUGCCUCAUAAUGACUCACUCUGGGGAGAGGCCCUAUAGGUGUGACCAAUGCACGAAGCGCUUCCAGCGGAAAUGCGACCUGAAGAUCCACCUGAGGACUCACUCUGGGGAGAAGCCCUACAAGUGUGACCAAUGCACGAAGUGGUUCAGUCAGAAAAGCCACUUGACGGGCCACUUGAGGACUCACUCCGGUGAGAAGCCAUACAGGUGUGACCAAUGCACGAAGUGCUUCAGUCUGAAAGACCUCCUGAAGCGCCACAUGAGAACUCACUCUGGGGAGAAGCCCUACAAGUGUGAACAAUGCACGAAGGGCUUCAUUCUGAAAGACCUCCUGAAGCGCCACAUGAGAACUCACUCUGGGGAGAAUCCCUACAAGUGUGACCAAUGCAAGAAAUGCUUCCGUCUGAAAUGCCGCCUGAAGCGCCACAUGAUGACUCACUCUGGGGAGAAGCCCUACAAGUGUGAACAAUGCACGAAGGGCUUCAUUCUGAAAGACCACCUGAAGCGCCACAUGAUGACUCACUCUGGGGAGAAGCCCUACAAGUGUGACCAAUGCACGAAGCGCUUCAGUCUGAAAAGCAACCUGAAUAUCCACAUGAGGACUCACCCUAGGGAGAAGCCCUACAAGUGUGACCAAUGCACGAUGCGCUUCAGUCAGAAAGGCACCCUGAAGAUCCACAUGAGGACUCACUCUGGGGAGAAGCCCUACAGGUGUGACCAAUGCACGAAGGGCUUCCAACGGAAAUGCAACCUGAAGAUCCACCUGAGGACUCACUCUGGGGAAAAGCCCUGCGUGUGUCUGCACUGCAACGCCAGCUACAGCGACCCAAGCAAUUUGCGUGUGCACAUGCUCAAGCACACUUUGACACGGGGUAACGGGACGCUUUGAUUGAGACCUCUGUCCUGUAUUGAUUGAAAUUACUGCUUUUUGUUUUUCUUUUCAUCAUGAUUAAACGCCUUCAACUUUUGAUUCGCCUGAUUUUCGUGGAGUGUAGGAUUGGCCAGAGGAGAGACCAAGUUGAAUUGCAAUUCACAAUAGGGAUGAAGUGGACAUGGCUGCAAGGCAGUUAAAUGAAUCUACACAACAAAGAAGUCUUUGGAUUGGCCUCAGUAUCAAACUUGGUGCCCACAGUUGCAAAUCCAAAACUACCAACACCUUUCGAUUAGAGAGGGCAGGAGGUAUCUCUAGUUCCAUGGAGAAUGGUUAGAAAUUCAUUGAAAUAGACAAAUUAUUCAAACGGGGAUUAUAUAAUUUGUAUGUUAAAGUCUGCUUGAUAUUGCCACGACACUCAUUACCCUUAUCUUUGUUAGCUUAUUACAAAAAGCCUGCAAAGUUCACUUGUGAAAUAGACUGCGAUUGAACCCCACAUUAUACAUGAUUGUGUUCAUUCCACUUACCUUCCCAUUCUUUGCGCUUAAUGCUAACUACCUUGGAUGGAUUGUAUCAUAAUGGUUGAAGAUGAACCAUUUUAAAUGGUCCCUGGUUAAAUGUCGAGAUCUCAGUGAUGCUCAGUUUAAGCCGGUCCUCCCUCUAGAAUGCAGCAUUAUUCUAACGGGACAAAGUCAGAAGAUUCCUAGCAUUGGUCCCCCUUCACUCCCUGUUUACAGCAGCGGCUGGUGGUGAUCCAAUUCGUGGGUGGGGUGCAGUAAUGGACGGGGGUCCUCCCAAAGAAAAUAUAGAAUUGGUUUCUGGGAUGCCCACAAGCUAAAAAAAUAUUCUGAUUCAUAGCCUACAUCCUGACUUGCAGGGCCUGGACAAGCUUACACUACUUUCACUUUCAUUCAACGAGCCAUUGCUAUUUGACCCAUGGUUGUUAUUCUGAUAUUGAGGCAUAUCAUGAUCAAUGUCCUAUAGUGUUUUACCCGAGUCUCAAGGUCUAUUUCAAAUGCAGUUUGGGACCGUUGUAUCAUUUUUUUUUUUUAAAUACAUGCUGAAAGACUUGAUUAAUAUGUAAUUUACUUGAUCCUUUUAAGUAUAACAUUGCAUGAGGAGUCCAUUCCUCCACUGAAAUGGGUAGAAAGUGCUUUUACGACUCUGCUAACUAACUAUCACUUCUCUCUGCAUGUAGUCAUGUUGCGCAAUGCACGAAUGCUGCUGAGGGAGGUAACCUAUUUGAUUCAUUGGCUGAAUUGUCCAAUCAGCUCCAAAUUACUACAAUGAGUUGAGACACAGUGUAGUGUCAAGUGUUUCUUUAAUACUCUUGGUAGGAUAACAAACCUACCAUGAUUAAUCAGGGGUUGGGUUUGUGUCGGGUCUCUUAUUUUUCUGUUUAGUGUGUGUCUGUGUCUGUGUCUGUGUCCUGUGUGAACUUCCUAAGCCAGAGGGAAACUUUGAACCAAUGCAAAAGGCUUAAAAUGUACCACAAUAUCAAAACUAAAAAAGUAAUGAAUUGUUAUGAGCUGGAGCAGUGAAUUUCUGUUUUUCUUUUACUUGUUUGAUGGUUUCGGUUAAUCUGUUCAAAUAUUGUGUUAUUGUUUGGUCCAAAAGCUUUGAUUUCUUUUAACAUACGAGCUGAACAUCAUCAUCAUAAUUAAAAAAAAAACGGUAUAAUUUGAA